AUCCUUUACAACUCCUAUCACCAUGACUCGUUACUUCUGCUGUGGAAGCUACUUCCCAGGCUAUCCUUGCUAUGGGACCAACUUCCACGGGACCUACAGAGCCACCCCCUUGAACUGUGUCGUGCCUCUGGGCUCUCCCCUGAACUAUGGCUGUGGAUGCAAUGGCUACAGCUCUCUGGGCUAUAGCUUUGGUGGUAGCAACAUCAGCAACCUGGGCUGUGGCUACGGUGGCAGCUUUUGCAGGCCAUGGGGCUCUGGCUCUGGCUUUGGCUACAGCACCUACUGAUGAACCAAUGGCUUCGGAACUCUCGAUCAAUUCCUGGUGUACAGAACAACCUGAAGAGCG